AUGCUAUCGAUCGAUGACGAAGCUGCUGCUGCUGUUCGUGAUGAUGAUGAUGAUGGUGGAGGCAAUAACGUGGGCAGCUCGGAUGACGUCACUAAGGAUGAUGACGGCCAGGAUGCGCACGCUCACGUGAACACCAACGCUGCCAAUGGCGGAGACCACGUCCCUGUUUCUGUAGUAAACCACGGACGAGCCCGGCGGUUUGCGCGUGGCCGUGUCCUGCACACGGCCCCGCCCAGCCCCACCCCCGACAUCUCCUGUGACAUCCAGUGCUGGUCGGACGAGGACUGGAGCCCACCCCGUGCAACGCACGAGCAGGGUGCAAGAGGCAGUGACGAGGAUGCAGAAACAGGGUCCUCACAUAAUGAUGCCGGUGGGUGGGGCUUGCACCACAGCAACGACAACCCUUCGUCACCCCCGGCCUUGCACGUGGGUCACGGAGAGCUGGGGUGUGACGCUGCCUCACACGAGGGCCACAACAGUCAGCUCGCUUUCCACACCUCCUCGCACGAAGGCAGACAGUGCCCCGGCUUGCACAGCGAGUGCUGCCCGCUCGCUUUCCGCACCCCCUCGCACGAGGGCAUCCCCCAGCUGGCUGUCCAUGCUGCCUCGUACAAGGAAAAUAACCAACCAAGUCCCGGCAGUGCCUCGCACGAGGACGAUGACCUACCUCCCCACCACACCUCGCACAAGGACAGCAACGAGCUGGUUUUCCCCGGCGCCUUGCACAAGGGCCGAACUAAGCUGGAUUUCUACGAUGCUUCGCACGAGGACCUGCCACUGGAGUACUACACUACCUUGCAGGAGGACCGCAGUAGCAAGCUGGCUUUUCACAAUGCUUCACAGGAGGGCCACAACCAGCUGGAUAUCGACCCUGCCUCGCACAAGGGACAUGCAUUGGAGUUCCCUGCUGCCUCGCACGAGGACAAGCUGCAUUUCCCCACCUUGCAUGAGGGCCUAGCACCGGAUUUUCCCGCCGCCACCGCCUUGCAUGAGGGCCCAGCCCGCUUUCCACCGCCGCCCCCCUCCCGCCCGCACCAGUGUGGAGAGUGCGGGAAAGCCUUUGCGGCGGCCUCCACGCUGGCACAGCAUGCCCGCACGCACACGGGCGAGAGGCCUUACGUGUGCGGGGCCUGUGGGCGCCGCUUCGCCCGAGGCUCCACCUUCCUGCAGCACCAGCGUGUGCACACGGGCGAGCGGCCAUACCCGUGUGCCGACUGUGGCAAGCGCUUUUCCUGUGCCUCCAACCUGGCGCAGCACCGGCGCGUGCACACAGGUGAGCGGCCCUACGCCUGCGCUGACUGCGGGCGCCGCUUUGGCCUCAGCUCCACCCUCCUGCAACACCAGGUCACGCACACAGGCGAGCGCCCGUACCCGUGUGCAGACUGCGGCAAGGCCUUCAACCGCCGCUCCAACCUGGCCAACCAUCGGCGUGUGCACACUGGCGAGCGCCCCUUUGCCUGCGCCGACUGUGGCAAGCGCUUUGCCGAGAGCUCCACCCGGGCACAGCACCGGCGCACGCACACAGGUGAGCGGCCCUACCCGUGUGGCGCCUGUGGCAAGCGUUUCGGCCUCAGCUCCACCCUGCUCCAGCACCAAGCCACACACGCCGGCGACCGGCCCUACCCGUGCGAGGAUUGUGGGCGCCGCUUCCGCCUUGGCUCCGCCCUCCGGCGCCACCGCCGAGCCGGGGCCUGCCGCCGGGCAGGGACCCCGGGACAGGGCACGCCAUGUGGGGGCUGCCGGGCACCAGGGACCCCCUCUUGCCAGGCCUGCAAAGCACAAGGGUCCCCAUGUGAGGGCUGUAGGGUGCUAAGGGAGGAAGCAGGGACCCCCACAUGCGAGGCAUGCAAGGCACUAGGUGCCCUGUGCGAGGGCUGCAGGGCACUGGGGGAGGGAGCAGGGUCUCCGUCAUGUGAGGCGUGUGAGGAACAAGGUGCCCCGUGCAAGAGCUGCAGGGUGCAGGGUGGCCCCCAAGCACCCUUGUGCAAAGAAUCGAGCGAGGCACAAGAUGCUCCAUGUGGCAGCUGCAGAGGAGCAGGGACCCCCUCUUGCAAGGCGUGCAAGGCCCAGGGUGCCCCAUGUGAGGCCUGCAGGGAACUGGGUGAGGAGUCGGGGCCCUCCUCGUGUGAGGCGUGCAAGACACAAGGCACCCCGUGUGAGGCCUGUAGGGCCCGGGGGCCCCCACGUGAGGCAGCGGUGCCCACCUACAUCUGCGGUGAGUGCGGGCGGGGCUUCCGCCAGCGAGCACACCUAGCGGCGCACGGGCGGGCGCAUGCAGGGGACCGGCCCUUCGCAUGCGGGGCAUGCGGGCGGGCCUUCGCUCAGCGCUCCAAGCUGCGGGCACACACCCGCACGCACACAGGCGAGCGGCCCUACCCGUGCGAGGCCUGUGGGCGCCGCUUUGGCCAUGCCUCGGCCCUGGCCCAGCACCGGCGCACGCACACAGGUGAGCGGCCCUACCCCUGCACCGACUGCGGCAAGCGCUUCGCCCAGAGCUCAGCGCUGGCCCAGCACCGGCGCACGCACACGGGUGAGCGCCCUUACCCCUGCGGCGACUGCCCCCUGCGCUUCCGUUACCGCCUCCAGCGCACCCGCCACCGCCGCGCCCACCACGCUGCCAGCCCAGGGGGCUCUGGGAUGGCUCCCAGUCCGGGGGUUUCAGCGGUUGGAGAUGGCGGCUCUCAGACGUCUGUGGCUUCAGGAGUCUCUGCGGCCAUAGAUGGGGUCCCCGAGAAGUCCAUGGCCCGGGGGGUCUCCGUGGCAGUAGAUGGGAUCUCCGAGAUGUCCGUGGCUCGGGAGGUCCCUCUGGCCAUUGAUGGGGUUUCCCAGAAGUCCAUGGCCGGGGGGGUCUCUGUGGCAAUAGACGGGGUCUCUGGCAUGUCCCUAAAUCCAGGGAUUUUGCUGGACGGAGACGGGGUCUCUAAGACAUCCAUGGCCCGGGGAUCUCCGUGACGGUAGACGGGGUCUCUGAGACGUCCCGGGGGGGGCCCAUGGUGAUAGAUGGGGAUCUCCAUGGUGCCAGACGUGGCCUCAGGGCAGUCCGUGGGCAUAUGAGGUCGGUAGGGGGGUGGGGGGGUAAUUAGACUAAUUAGCUGGGGGGGAUUUGACCCAUUAGCUCUAUUUCGUAUGAAGCCGGGCGGGCGGAGGGAAGGGGCCUGCCCGGACGCCUGGGCUCCCUCCCUUUGCAGGUCCCAGAG